GUAUUAGGCUCUUUGUAAAUGUUUUCCCCUUCUUUAAUAAUAGUCUUGUUUUUUCCAGCAGAAUCAAAUGUUGUCUGGGACACUUGGGGUUACUAGUCUACCGCUCACUACUCCCUUUCACCCCGGCCUGCAUACAACAAAGGUAUUAUUGGGCAAAAUAGGAUUAGGAUUAAUCAUGCCUUCUAACCAUCGGAAUGAUCUGUGCUAGUAUAUAUUUGCAGGCAUUUGGGGUAGUGGCGGAUUUAGGCAUGUGCGACAUUUUUUUUUUUUACUGUCGAUAACGUUGACUAAUUGUUCCAGCCCUACACACUGAACGUUGUAGUUUGCCGAUUUUGCCCUGCAACGAGAGAAAUCCUUUAGGAUUCCCGAAAUGUGUCUCAGACGGCAGAAUCGUGGCCAAAAUCGUACAGUGUGCACCCGCCUUAAGAUCUCCAUGAAAAAAUGUGUGUAUAGUGACUUGAGAGAAUCAAGCAACUUGUUCCAACGGACGUCAUGUGGUCAAAAUCAUUUUUUUUUUCUCUCGGAGAAAAGUAACCAGGAAAGAAACACUGUAAACAUCUUCAAGCGUUUCACCGAUCAGGUUUAAGCAGAUAAACGCGUAAAAAUGGUCCUGAACAAUGGUUUGCUGUCUUUUCUCUCAGUUCUGUGGACAAACACGGUGUCUUUAGUGCUGCUUCUCGUCGUCCUCUGUCUCCUGAUCUCGAACCAGCUAAGAAACAGAAAACCCAGAAACUACCCACCUGGACCUACACCUCUUCCCUUUAUUGGGAACGUGUUCAAUCUGGAUGCUAAACAACCUCACAUUCACUUAGCUAAGAUGUCAGACACCUAUGGCAACAUAUUCAGCUUGCGUUUGGGAAGUAUAGACACUGUUGUUGUGAAUACCUACAGCAUGGUAAAGGAAGCUCUUGUCGAUCAAGCAAACAUUUUCAUAGACCGUCCAACUGAUGAUGUGUUCAAAAGAAUAAGCAAGUGCCAAGGUGUAACUUUCAAUAAUGGCUACAGCUGGAAGCAACAGAGGCGUUUCACUCUUAGAACUUUUAAAUACUUUGGUGUGGGAAAGAGGAGCUUGGAAUCCAGCAUUAUGGAAGAGUACAAAUUCUUACACCAGACCAUCAUGGAUACCAAUGGGGUGCCAAUCGAUGCUCAUUUCUUGAUAAACAAUGCUGUCUCCAACAUCAUCUGCUUAUUGGUUUUUGGCAGAAGGUAUGAGUACAAAGACCAGAGGUUUCUGAACAUGCUCAGUCUGAUGUCUAAAGCCCUUAAACUACAAGGGUCAGUGUGGAUUCAGCUUUAUUCCAUUUGCCCUCGUGUAAUGGACCUCCUACCAGGACCCCAUAAAGAUCUGUUUUCCUGCUUCCAGCAAAUGUGUGCUUUUAUUAAGGAAGAGGCAGACAAGCAUUAUGCAGACUGGGACCCUUCCUCACCCAGAGAUUUUAUAGACUGCUAUCUCACUGAAAUCCAGAAGAGGAAAGAUGAUCUGGAAGCAGGAUUUCAUGAAGAGGGUCUGCAUUAUGCCGUGCUUGAUUUGUUUGUGGCAGGAACCGAGACCACAUCUACCACUCUUCGGUGGGCCUUUGUAUACAUGAUGAAAUAUCCAGAAAUCCAAGAGAAGGUCCAGGCUGAAAUAGACAAUGUAGUUGGACGAUCACGCCGACCCAAUGUUGAUGACAGACCCAGCAUGCCAUACACUGAUGCUGUCAUCCAUGAGGUCCAGAGAAUGGGCAAUGUGGUGCCCCUUAGUGUGCCAAGAAUGACCAAUGAGGACACAAUAUUGGGAGGAUAUUUCAUUCCAAAGGGUACACAGAUCAUAUCUAACCUGACCUCAGUACUGUUUGAUGAAACCAAGUGGAAGUCACCACAUUCAUUUGACCCAGAACAUUUUCUCAACACUCAAAGGGCGUUUAAAAAACCAGAAGAAUUUAUUCCUUUCUCAGCAGGGAAGCGGUCAUGUCCAGGUGAAUCGCUUGCCCAUAUGGAGCUCUUUCUUUUCUUCACAUCUCUUCUACAAUCCUUUUCUCUCUCUCCUCCAGUGGGCACUCAAACAAGCCUGGACUUUACAUUUGGAAUGACACGUUCCCCGAAGCCAUUUAGAACAUGUUUCACUCCUCGUUGAUAGCCAUAUUAAGAGGCAAGGUACGACAGCGUUUUAGAGCCAUGUUAAAAUAAAAAUGAGAAAUAUUUAAAAACAAAACUAGCUAGCUUGCUAACUGCUAGCCUCUCUGGAUUACACAUCCUAGAUUUAAGUCAACUGUAUGGAAAUUCCUUCUAGAGAGUCUUCAUUGCACAUGUUGUCAAUAUUUGAUCAAUAGUCUAUACGCGUUACAGAGCAGAGUUUACGUUGGGAUGUAUAUUGAAAAUGUAAUCUUUAACACAUAUACUCAGGAUAUUGCACAUAAAAGGCCCUAAAUGUAAUAACUUCAAUACAUUUUGCUCCUAAAAAAGCCCUAAAUGUAAUUACUUUUGGUUCUAAAUAAAUGCCCUAAAUGUAAUUAAGGGGUCUAAAUCUAAUGACUUUUGAUUGUAAAUUCAAUAAAGUCUUAAAACAUUUCCGGACCU